AUGUCAUCCACUGAUGAUCAGUCCAUCAACUACUGCGACCCCCACUCGACCUUCUUUGGGUUCAUGGGCAUUGCCGCAGCAGCUGUCUUCUGCAACUUGGGCGCUGCCUACGGUAUGGCUAAGGCUACGGUGGGUAUCUGCUCUAUGGGUGUGAUGCGUCCUGAUCUCGCCAUGAGAGGUAUCAUUCCGUGCGUCAUGGCUAGUAUUCUGGGUAUCUACGGUCUUAUUCUUGGUUUCAUGAUUCAACAAGGAAUGGGUACUCUAACAGAGUACCCCCAAGCGAAAGCAUACGCCCACUUGUCUUGUGGUUUGAUGGUUGGUUUGUCUUCCCUCGCGGCUGGCCUGGCCAUUGGCGUUGUUGGUGAUGCAGGCGUACGUUCAUUUGCACAUCAGCCCCGGUUGUUCGUGGUGAUGAUUCUAAUUCUUAUCUUUGCUGAAGCACUUGCCCUUUUCGGUCUUAUCCUGGCAUUGGUCGUGUCUAUGGUCAACGUCAACAAUGCUUGCGUCCCCUACCACAACUAG